GGGCUGAGUGGCGCGCUUGGCGUCGCGCCGCGGGCACAGCACCGCAGCACGCGGCGGGCCCGCGCACCGCUGGCGGCGCCGUCGCGCUCGGCUGCCGCCCGCCAUGGCCGACAUGCCGGACCUCUCGCACCUCACGCCCGAAGAGCGCGCCAUCAUUGAGGGCGUCAUGAUGCGCCAGAAGCAGGAGGAGCAGCGCGAGCACGAGAUCAUGAGACGCAAGCAAGACGAAGUAGCAGUUUUGGAGCAGACGAUCCGCACACGUAACGAGAUGCACCGCGCCGCAGGCGUCGAGCUUGCGGCCACCUGUCACAUCUGCCUUAAGACCAAGUUCGCCGACGGUGUCGGACACUCCUGUCACUACUGCAGGGUUCGAUGCUGCGCCCGCUGCGGUGGGAAGGUCACACUUAGAUCAAACAAGGUCAUAUGGGUGUGCAUUCUGUGCCGUAAAAAACAAGAGCUGUUGUCUAAAACUGGCCAAUGGAUACAUAAAAGCGCUGGUCAGGACUCUAUGUUGUGGCAAAUGGAAUCGGACUUGCGUGGUCUACCACCACAAUCGGACCCUUCUCUUGACAAAAGACCAAAGUUAGAGAGAGCUCAUAGUGCUGCCGAAAAGGAAAAUCAACCACUGCAAAGAUCAGGAAGUGCUCUUCGCCGACAGUACAGUCAGCAGGAGGCGCGGUGUUACGGGGAGCUGGAGGGCCUGGCGCGGACUCAUCCUCAUUUAGUACACCCUAGGCAAAAGGCAGCUUACGGUGUGGAUGAAGGGUCGCCGGCACCGCCAGCGCCAACGGUAUCGCAACUGCUACCACAUCCGCCCGGUCACCCGCCGCUACCGCCACGCUCCUCCUCCUCGGACGACGAAGUACCAGAGUGUGUCUCCGACGAAAACGACGAGUACCGCGACCGUGGACAACUUGAGGCGUGUGCAGGCAUCCGGCACCCGCACCUGCGCAGCGCCAGCGUAGCUGCCAACAAUUAUUACAAUUUGACUAACCACUCACCGGCCACGUUCGACGCGAGUGUUUGCGGUCCAUUCGACACAGCAAGAGCGCCUACCGGCGGGCGCAGUUUUGAUUCCGUGACCGAUUGUCGUUGGCGAGCUCGAGACGAUGGGGAAGGGGCGUAUCUACGGCCCUAUCCGCCGGACGAGGGACCUCGCUCCGACAGAGCCGUAUACAAGAGUGCCUAUUUAUGGGAAGAUUCAUCUGACAACAGACGUUUUACUGAAAGAAGAAAAAAGACAGUACGUUUUGACGGACACGAAGGUGCCGCGACAUUCCCGCGGGGAGGUCGUGACGCAUCUGGUGCUCCCCACGACUGGGCUUCGCUGCGCUGGGAAUCCGAACGGCAGACCAGUCAAGACUCCGCAACCAAAGACUCGGGAAUCGACACUUCUAGCACGUUUACCUCCAGCGAAGACUCGAACAGGGGCGACUGCCCUAAGUUCCCGCUGAGCUGGCAGGUGUCGGCAGACGGUACGCGGAUGAUAGGGCAUAUGGUUCUUCGCAAGAGCGUGGUGGAAGGAAGUUCGCAUUCUUCGGCUGCAAUCCUCGGUCUGAAGGUUGUGGGUGGCAAGCUUCUCCCAGACGGUACCCGUGGCGCCAUCGUCGAAAAGGUGAAGAAAGGAUCUAUAGCCGACUUGGAAGGACAACUUAGAAUUGGUGACGAGGUCCUCCAAUGGAACGGUGUACCACUGCAGGGCCGGUCGGCGGAGGAGGUGUCUGUAGUUGUGGCAGACAGCAAGCAUGACUCUCAUGUCGAAUUAGUUGUAUCGCGUCCGAUCACUGCCGCACGCGCGCCCGCGCAACCCUGGCGCACACACAAAGAAGUUUACACGGAGGUGAUGGGCGGUUGCGAAAAGCCGAGCGUGCUGGUGACGUCACCUGGAUCGCCCGACGUACACGCACGUCGCCGCCCGCUGCGCCAUUCGCACCACAACGCCAAUGUCGCAGGACGAAUACAGCUAAAAGUCUACUUCGACAUCAGUGCCUUGCAACUACUAGUAACCGUGGUAUCAGCAACAGGGUUAACUCCUCGUCCUGACGGGUCCCCUCGUUGCCCAUACGCCAAGAUCUUCCUUCUCCCAGACAAGAGCGAGAAAAGCAAACGACGCACUAAGACUUUGGCGAACACUCUGGAACCACGUUGGAACCAGACUUUCGUCUACUGCGGAAUUAGGAUCACUGACAUCAAAAAGAGGACUUUGGAGGUCACGGUGUGGGAUUUGAACCGAUACGGCCCGAACGACUUCCUCGGCGAGGUGUUACUAGACUUGGACAACAUUGUAAUGAACCAUGAACCAAAUUGGUACACGCUAAAGCCGCACGAAGAGACAGCUAGCUUCAGCAGGUAUCGCGAGGAAGAAGCGGAUGGAGAGCACCUGUCCCCACCUUCGACGUCGACGUCACGACUGUCCGACUCCGACACGCCGAGCGAAUGCGACUUGAGACGACACCACUCGCUCUCCAGUCUCGCGUCUAGCUCUAGCCCACCGCCGCAACAUGAUGUGCGGAUAGACGGUGACAGUGCGAGAUGCAGCAGACGCGACAUGUCGCCGGCGGGCCGCGUGCGCGCCGCCGGCAUGUCCAGAGAACGGGGUGGCGGGUACGCUGUAGCGCGGUCGCAGUCGGCGGCGGGUGGAGCUCGGCCGGCGCGCGCGCGCAGCAAGUCGCCGCGGCGUUCGCUGUCUCCGCCCGGGGACUACUCAGUGCAUGAUGGCCGCGGAGCGAUGUGCGCGGGCAGGCUGCCGACACACGCGUACGCGCCGCGUUUCCAAUCACGUUCUGCCACUGCAACGCCUACAACUAGCCCCAAGAAACGGCAACUUCCACAAAUACCACACCAGAACACCCAGCAGGCGGUUCGCGCGCAGGUGUCGGCAGACCUCGAGGAACGUAAGUGGAUCGGCCCACAUCACAUUGGCGCCACACUCACGUACCGCAGCACGCCACAAGGGUGGGAGCGGCACUACGCAGGGUUAUCGGACUCGGAGCUGGCGGCGCGCGGCGGCGGCAAUGGUGGCAGUUGGGCGCCGCCACGCCGGCGACUGUCGCCAGACGCCGCCGCAGGGGACUCCGACCUCGAGUCCGUGGCCUCGGUCACCUCCAGCGCUUUCAGCACGCAGUCGGAACGGCCAAGACCAACGCGAAUGCUCAGUAAUGACUACGGUGGCCGCGACAACGGACGCAACAACAAUCCGCCUCAGCCGCUUGAAAGACGCGAAUCUCGCCGGGGACAAUUUACGCGCAGCCUGAGCAACGCGGAUGUCCCGCCUGAUGAGAAAGCAGACGGCAGCCUGAGUGACACAGCGCUUGGCGGUGGCAGCGAAUUGGAGCCAACGAGUGACGACGCGCUGCUGAAGGCCGAGCCACGCGACUACUUCGGCCCUGGAAUGGGCAAAAAGAGCAACUCCACGUCGCAACUUUCCGCCACAGGACGGAAAAGGCGGUUAGGGUUCGGUAAACGUGGGAAAAAUUCGUUUACGGUACAACGCAGCGAGGAGGUCGUGCCUGGCGAAAUGCGAGGCGUCACAGCGGGGGUGUCGCGGGCCUCUUCCGCCUCCAGCGAGAACGAUGAAGACAGGUGGUCGCCGGGCAUGCGAGGCUCGGGCUCCUCAGACGGCGGCGGCCUUUCCGACUUCAUCGACGGUCUGGGGCCAGGUCAACUGGUUGGCAGACAGCUCCUUGGCGCACCUACACUGGGUGACGUACAACUCUCCAUGUGCUAUCAGAAAGGAUUUCUUGAGGUGGAGGUAAUACGAGCUCGAGGCCUACAAGCGCGGCAAGGCAGCCGGACACUGCCAGCGCCGUAUGUGAAGGUAUACCUUGUGAGCGGUAAGCGCUGCAUCGCGAAGGCCAAGACAAGCACCGCGAGACGUACCCUCGACCCACUGUAUCAACAGACCCUGACGUUUCGAGAAAACUUCAAGGGAUGUGUUUUACAAGUGACAGUGUGGGGCGACUACGGGCGCAUUGAAGGCAAGAAAGUGUUCAUGGGCGUGGCACAGAUCAUGCUAGACGACCUAAAUCUCACCAAUAUCGUCAUUGGCUGGUACAAACUCUUCGGCACCACUUCUUUGUAACGAAGAUUCCAGGCCGUGACCAUAUUACGUGGAGAAAUAUAUCAUCACAAUAAAAAAUUCAAACUUGUCCAAAUAAUAAAUUUAGUGAUACUGCUUUAAUAUCAUGAUAAAACGCAAA